AUGGCACAGAUCAAUUACUCUCGCGAUCCUCGGCUCAAGCCUGCCCCUGUCGUUGUUCUGGUGGAUUCUGACGACGAGGACAACGCGCCUGUGCUUAGGAAAUCUGUUACCUCGAACGAGGUCAUCAAUAUCGACUCCCAGAGCGACACCGACGAUGAUGGAGUUAGUUUCGCACCAGGAGAAGUUUACAAGCCGAAAGAAGAGGCCGAGUCGGGCGGAUAUGUCAAUACAGAGGAUCACGAGGAUCAGGAGAUUAUGAAUAUGGACGAGUCUUACGACUUUGGUGAGGACGUCAUGCUGGACGACGACUUUGAGGAGGAUAUGAUGCCAGACGAAGGUGACGAAGGACGCGAGCAGGAAUAUGAAUACGAGGCUGAUUAUCUUUUGGGUGGCUCCAUGGAGGUGUCACAGGAUACGACAAGAGUAGCUCCGAAGAGUAUAGACUAUAUUGACCUCAUGAACAAGUCAUACCAUGAAUCCAAGAGCCGGAACUUGUCCUAUCAAUAUCGUCUGGAAAACAGGAGUACCCAAGAGGAAUUCGGCCCGAAUGCACCUAAGCGGGUUCGAAUGGAGGUGCCGGAUGAUGUCACAAGCGUGGAGAUGGAGCGAAUAGUCAGUCAAGUAGCCAUGUACACAAACAGAGGAAAGUCAGUGGACUGGACAGCUGUGGCAAGGCGGCACGAGACGGCUUAUCAGGAGGCAUUUGAAACAGCCAUUAGACUGUAUCCCAUGACGCCUCGGCAAGCCAUUCCAAGCUGGGUACCGAUCCAGAGCAAGGUGUCCGUGCGGUCACUUUUGGGGCUGCGAGAGCUUGGUCAUCUCAGGGUACCUCUCAUCAAGGAUCAUCUGCUACUUCACACUACAAGAGCAUAUCGGCCGGUCACUAGCUUCAACUUUUCCAGUGGGAGUGUCGUGGACAUGGCCCUGAAACCCUCAACGCUUGUCAUUGAUCUGACAUCUAUCAGUAUGAAGCUGGCGAUUGCGAAUGUGGCGACUCAGGACAGUUACAACAGGAAAGGAAACCUGUUUCACUGCGAUCUUAACAAUGGGAUCUCAAAGAAGCUUGAGGGACACACGCGAUUCGAUCAACGGUUCAAUCAAGAGAUGGAGGCUACUGUCAACGACAUCAAGCUGUCCAAUUCAGAAAGGUUUUUUAUCUCAGGAUCUGAUGAUCACAAGACCAUGAUCUGGCACGCGGAGACUGGUGCCCUGAUGAACACGAUUGGUGAACACACCUCAAGAGUGACUCGCGUGGCCAUUCAGGAAUAUGCGAAGGAUAACCAAGACGUGUUCGCUACAGGGUCAGCCGACGGGACGAUCAAAAUAUAUGCUCUAGACGACGAAGGUCUGAUCAAGGUCGGGAAUGGGACGUUGGCUCGCAGUGGUGGGAGACGGUGCAUUUCGAGCAUCUGCUUUGGCUUCGACCACUAUUGGGACGUAGUGGCAGUAGGAUUCGAGGGAGCGGACGGGCAGAAGGAUGGGGCCGGCGGGAAGCAAGGCCUCAUUUCUAUAUAUGAUGCCAACCAGAUGCAAAAGUCUCUCGAUGGUGAUCUUGGCUACAGGCGUGGUGCAUUCUGUGCUACGGAGAAAAGUGUGUCUUGCCUGUCAUUUUCACCUUCAGGGGACCAACUGGUCUGCGGAACCUCAGGACGGGCCAGCGCGGAGGAUGACGAGAAGGGAGAUGAGGUGCUUCGCGUUCUAGACCUUAAAACGGCCAAGGUUGUACAGUCGGCCAUCUCUGGACACGAGGACGUGAACUUGGUCGACUUCAGUCCCUGUCAGAGGUACUUGAUCAGCGGGUCCAACACCAACGAGACGGCGGUCUUUGACCGCCGCCAUAUGAAGCGCGUGCUGCAUCGACUGAAGCAUUCGGAGAGGAACGAUGACCAAGGCCAUGCAGGCAUCACCUCUGCCCUGUGGUGGCAGACCAGCUGUGGCACCAGUCAGUCGAUGCUGAUGACCGGCGGAGGUGACGAGACGGUCAGGCUGUGGGAUCUUCGACGCGCGUCCGAAGACACGGAAAUCUGGAACCUGGACACCAAUAUUGGCCCCAUCGCGCGGAUGACCACGCCCCCCUCGAUGGAACAUCUGAUUGUAGGAUCGGAUACGGGAGCAGUGAAUAUCUACUCGAUCGAUGAUGGCAUGGUCGCCAAGUACAAGGACAAGGGUAUGAUCCUGCUCAACGACGAGGCUUAA